AUGGUAGAUGGUCAGUGUCCUUCGCUGAGGUGCGUGUUCAUGAGAGGAUGUAGUUCUCGAAAAAUACAGUGUACCAACCCCAAGUGUCAAUGUACAUGUUGCAAAGAAAAAUGUAAAAAAGAGCCUGGCACCUGCAGUCCCCCCGCUCCCCCCUCUCUCCCAAGUCAAGAGCAUUCUGUUGCAACUGAAAAUCAUGCGUCCCGUCCCGAAGCUCUCAAGAUAGAAAGCAAAGCUCCACCUUCCCCCCCUAAUCCCCAAGCCAUCGCCGCCGUCAUCAUUGCCAUCAUCGUUGCCAUCAUCCUGCUCGACCUGUGCAUCUUCCGCUUUCCGGUGGGCCGCAACAUCCGCGAUUUCCUCGUCCGCAAGAUACCCUUCUGCAUCGCGUUUUACAGCUAA